UAUUGUUUACAUUUUGCAUGAAAAAUGAUUGGCGUUACGUUUCUGCGUAUUUUCAUAAAUUAAACAAUAACUACAGUAGUUGUGACCAUGGAUUUGAACAUAUUGCAUAGUGAGGAAGACCUCAAAAUAGAUUUCGAUAUACCAAAACCUAUAUGCCGGUGUUGUUUGACGACGGAUCGUCGCAUGAACGACGUCGUGUCCUACGAUUCGUAUAUUAGAGAAUUGUCUGGAAUUAAUGUUAAAAACUCGGACGGGCUCCCACAGUGGAUAUGCUGGGAGUGCAGCUCGUUGCUGGUGAAGGCGGUGCGCUUCAAGUACAAGAUGCUGCGCGCUCACAACAUGCUCCACGAUUACCUGACACGAUGCGCUCCGUUCCCCAUAGACGCCAACGACCCAGAACUAAGCAAAUACGCGUGCCCACAACUGGGCGAGAGCGAGAUGCUGACUUUCGAGAUGGGUGGCCGCGGGAAGACUGGCUUCCACGAGGAGUUGCAGCACGAGAAGUUGUUCGCAACCGACGCCCAAUUUAUGCUGGACGUGUCGACGAUGGACAAGGUCGACGACCUGGUCAAGGAGGAAGACUUCAGCGUGGACUACGAUGGCGAAAUUACACUGGAUGAGUACAGACCCGAUGAUAACAAACUAACAGAUGAAGAUAUCAAGCAACUUCUAGAAGACACAAGCACACUAGAACCCAAAGAAGAGACCGAAGUCAAGAAGAAGAAAAAAACAAAGCGGAAAGAAGAUAAAGUUAAGAAAAAGAAGAAGAAUAGCGAAGAGCCUUUAGAACUGGACCCAGAGGAACCAAGGUCGAGCAUCAGGAGAACACUGGAGCUGGACCCGGCGAAGAUCAGGAUGAUCACCCUCAACCCCCAGGAGCAAGUUAAGCAGAGAGAGGAAGAAAGCAAGUCUGGCUUCGUACUACCCUUCCAGUGCCAUCUUUGUUACAAAGGAUUCAACUAUGAGGCUAAACUAGAGAAUCACAUGAAAAAACAUAGUCCGGUGAGUUAA